AUGGAUGAGAUGGUUAGAGCUUCAAUAAUCAUCUACAUCACAAUAGCUAUACUCCUCCUGCUACUAAUCUCACACUCCCCCAAACACAAAACCUCUUUCCACCAGCGCCAUCGCCGUCUCAAACUCCGCUCCAACUUCACCUUUUCUCCUCCCAUCACCAUCACCGGCACUCCUCACCACCGUCACGAAACCAUCACUUUCGACCCCUUAGUCGCUGACAUUGAGAGAAAACGAGAGGACAGGGAAUGGGAAAAGAUGUACUUCGAAAGCACCCACAAAGAAUUUGCUCAAGAUGCUCCGGCGGCGGAGUCUCAGCCCGAGUGGGAGGAGUUUAUGGAUGCUGAAGAUUACUUGAAUGAUGAAGAGAAGUUCAAUGUGACGGAUAGGUUGGUACUGUUGUUUCCGAAGAUCGACGUUGACCCCGCUGAUGGGUAUUUGAGUGAGCAUGAAUUCACCGAGUGGAAUUUGAAGCAGAGUGCGAAAGAGGUAAUGCAUAAGACUGAAAGGGAGUUUGAGGUUCAUGAUAAAAAUCAUGAUGGGUUUGUUUCUUUCGCGGAGUAUGAGCCGCCCAGUUGGGUUCUGAAUUCAGGUGAAUUUAACUCUUCUGGUCGUUAA